AUGACAAUUGUAAUAGGUUCAAGCUCAUCAUCAACAACCACAACUACAACAACAACAAGUACAGCAGCAAAUAAGACACCUUCAAAAGCACAGGACAUUCUGUUCAAAACAACUAACUCCAUCGAUCAUCUAUUCAGAACUCAACAAAACAACCCCACGUCACAACGCCAAUUACAAUAUCAGCAAAUAUACAAGUCACACACUCGUUUCAAUACCUCGAAAAUGUCUCUAUUGCAUCACCCACAACCAGCUACGUCACGCAAUAAUGGUUCAUCCUUGCCGGACCUGAAUGGUACCAAAACUCACAAACAUUAUGUGCCGGAUGUAACCAAGAUCCCCAUAGUGACACCUCGUCCAUCAAGUACCAACCUACCAUUGUCAUCUAGACCUGUGGGUACACCACAACCACCACCAGUAAUAACCCAGGACAUGCGAGAUCAAACCAACCUACCCGACGAAUUGCCAGUGGUUAAAUGUGUAGCAAGGGCACGUAUUCCUACAACGCAUGGUCCGGACAUCUUUUUGCAUUUGUAUGAAAACAAUGUGGACAACAAGGAACAUCUAGCUAUAGUGUUUGGAGAAGAUAUUCGCUCUAGAUCUUUGUUCAAACAAAGGCCAGGAGAGACCCAACAGGACAGAAUGACAAGAGGGGCAUAUAUUGGCAAAUUGGCACCAGGGAGAAAUGAUGCCGAUAAUGAUAUUGAUAACAACCGCCAGUUGAAGUUUGAUAAGCAGGGCAAUUUGGUUAUUGACGAACUCACCUAUUCAAACCCAACUUUGGUUCGUAUCCAUUCAGAAUGCUAUACUGGUGAAACGGCAUGGAGUGCAAGAUGCGAUUGUGGUGAACAAUUUGAUCAAGCAGGAAAGAUUAUGGGGGAAAAUGGACAUGGAUGUAUGGUGUACUUAAGACAAGAGGGUAGAGGAAUUGGACUUGGUGAAAAAUUAAAAGCUUACAACUUACAAGAUCUUGGCGCUGACACCGUUGAAGCUAAUUUGAUCUUGAGACAUCCAGCAGAUGCUCGUAAUUUCUCAUUAGCCACAGCGAUUUUACUUGACCUAGGUUUGGUUGAGAUCCGAUUGUUGACUAAUAACCCCGAUAAAAUCAUAGCAGUUGAAGGAAAACACCAAGAAGUUAGGGUGAAAGAAAGAAUUCCAAUGAUUCCUUUGAGUUGGAGAGGUGAAGGUAAAGACGGUGUAAGUGGUAUUAAUAGUAAAGAAAUUGAUGGAUAUUUAAGUACUAAAAUUGAAAGAAUGGGACACCUUUUAGAAAAGCCAAUUAAAAUUAACCAUGAAACAAUUUAG